CUGGGCUGAGAGAGCAAAACAAAAUUAUAUCAGACCUAUCUCACCUCCCUGGGUAUUUAGAAAUGCAUUGCCUUUGACUGAUAAUGCGAACGAGUUCGAGGUAAGGUUUGUUUGUUAUAUAUAAUCUAUACUCUUCAGUCUUCACAUUAAAGUUGGGCUGUAUCGAAACUUCAACACCGGUUACGGUAUUUAAAAAAUACCGCGGUAUACCGUUACAUUUUUGUGGAGAUGUAUACAAACACGUACAUUAAUUUUGUAAUAGAUGGCUAAAUAUUAAAAAAAACACCUAAAAGAAAGGUUGUAAAUCAUACACAAGUUUAUAAUACAGUAUGAUAACAUGUAGCGAUUUGAAACACAAGUGGUAUACAGUACUGUAGCUUCUCAAACAAAUCAAGACAGCAAUACCGUGCAGAUUGUCUAAUGUGUUUCUUUCGUGAAUAAUUAGUUUUUGAGAAAAUUAUUUACUGUAGAUAAACAGAGAAGGACUCUUUGAUAAUGCCUGUCUAUACAUGGCCCACGGCACUCUGACGUUGAUGGGUGUCUGCGGGCCAGCCCUAUCAUUUCCAUUUGUGGUCGAACUAGUGGUAGAACUUUGGCUUUCGCACAGAUGCCUCAGUGUUGUACUAAUUUGUACCCCCUGCUCAUGAUGAGAGCGAGUGUUUGUAUAUUCGGUAGAUAUGGUACACUGCAUUACAAAAUUCACUUCAUUUGUAUUCAGACAAGUGUGAAAACUUCAAAUUUAUCGGAAAGUAUUGAUGGUCCAGAUGGUUGGGUCGAUACUCUGAUGCAAGUUGCUGUGUGUGAUGCAGUAAGUUUUCUCGUAGGCUUUAUACAGUAAUUAUAGUAAAAUGAAUGUUAACCUCACUUUCGUAUUGGAUUACUUGUUUUGCUUGUGAAAACGGGUACAAGAAACAAGCAAAGAAUCUUUGGAUAUGAGAUUCUGCAGUAAGAAUUAAUCUCAUUUGAAAGAACUUUUGGAUUGAUUAUAUUUAAAUGUGUUUUGGGGGAUGUUCUGUGCUUGUUAAAAUUACUACAGUAUGUGGUUGACUGCAUUUCAACGAGAGAAGUUAUAUAUUAAUAUGUUGUGAACCAAUUGGAAAUGGAAAAAGCCUAAAAGAUCGAGUUUCAGACGCAUAAUGUAUUGUUAUUGGCAAAAUAGACAUUCUUUACCCCAGUUGUGAGGUCAUGCACAUUGAACGAAGUCAACGAACAAUCAAUAUGGAGGACUUCGUACUGUUUUUUGUGGAAAUAUUUUGUAAAGGGCCUUCAUUGUAUAUAAUUUUAAAAGGUCUAAUACAAUUUUCAUUGCGGUUACAGUGCAGCCCUUUGAAUGAGGUUUUUAAUGCGAUGUGAGCAUGCGCGCUCAUGCAGUUUUGAAAAUUUCAUUGAAUUUUCAAAUUAAGUUUGUGAGAAUUUGUAUUUCAAGGGUGGUGUUUCAUCAAUUGCGCAAUAAACCUGCAUCCUAACUGAAUCCAAACUCUUUACAUAAGAGAUAUUUAGGACAAAUUCAAACGAACGAUUGACCAUCAAUGGUUGAAGUCAAAUUUCACAUCAAAUCACGCAGCACAAUCGUAUGGAAUAAUAUUUGUGAAUGCUAUUACACCUAUCAUCUGAUUUGCCAAGAAUUUCGCCGUUAUCUCACGAACAGCCCAGGGCUGUCGCAAGCGGGGGAGGGGGAGGGGGACGGGGCAAGUGGUUGACAAAAUAAAAGUCACUGAUUGGGCUAACUACUGUACAUCGUUCCAUGUCAAGAAAAGGUGGGUUUUUCGCGUGCCUUGUGAUGAAAGAAAAACUUUCCCGUCAUACCAUACCGAAAUUGCACGUUUUUGACUUAUUUUUUUUUAAAAACAUCAAAAUUACCAAACAAAAAGCCCUUUGAUGUUAAUUUAGUAUUUACAGCGACAUUAGCUUGUACAAAAAGGGCACUUUUUCAUCACAAAAAAGAGCACUUUUGCUCCUUUGAACAAAGGAGGGGGGGGCACGUGCCCCCUGUGCCCCCCUGGUUAUUACGCCCCUGACAAAACGUCUUGCCAACUUCGUUCUCAACGACAAUAAAGCCCCGUACAGAGUACAAGCAAGUUUUUCUUGACAAAUUUUAUUUGGUCGUGUGUGACAAGGAGAACUUGAAAAAUCACUCCUUAUUAUGAUAUCGUAGACAAUCUUUUAAAUUUUGUUGAAAAGUUAGUUGAUCGGAAACUUGUAAACUCGUCGAGAAAGUUGUCAAACAAAACUUCCUCGUCUGUACGGGGCAAAUAACAAAUGAACAAAUUCACAUUAAAAACUAUCGUAUACAAAAGGCUAAACUUGUCUAAAUGUUAAAAGUUGUCGGUUACGUUUGUAAUGACCAUAUAUGCAUGUUGUAUGUUUAGGCAGUGAAAUGGUCUCCUAAAGAAAAAGCAAGAAGAUUGGUUGUUAUAACAACAGAAGCUGAGUUUCACAUCGCUGGAGAUGGAUUG